AGCGCUGCGCGACGGCGGGAUGGCUGCGAAGGGUAUGCUCUCAGAGCUGAAGCUGGCUGUGCCCUGGGGCCACAUCGCUGCCAAAGUCUGGGGCUCCCAGCAGGCUCCCCCAGUUCUUUGCCUGCACGGCUGGCUGGACAAUGCCAACUCUUUUGACAGACUCAUCCCUCUUCUUCCAAAAGACUUUUGUUAUGUUGCCAUGGAUUUCGGGGGACAUGGGCUCUCGUCCCAUUACAGCCCUGGUCUCCUGUAUUACCAGGAAAGCUUUGUGAGUGAGAUCCGGAGAGUCGUAGCAGCCUUGAAGUGGAAGCGUUUCUCCAUCUUGGGCCAUAGUUUUGGUGGCGCGGUGGGCGGAACGUUUUCCAGUAUCUUCCCCGAGAUGGUGAAUAAACUUAUCUUGCUGGACACAUGGCCAUUUGCCCUGGACCCUAAAGGAAUAGAGUGCGUGCUGGCCUACCGGCGGGGAGCCAUCGAGCACGUGCUGCAGGUGGAGGCCUCCCAGAAGCCCCGGCAGGUGGUCAGCCCGGAGGAGAUGCUGCAGAGGUUCAUGAAGAACCACAGUCACGUGAGUGAGGAGAAUGCGCGACUCCUCUUGCAGAGAGGAAGCACCAAGGUGGCCACAGGCCUAAUGCUGAACAGAGACCGGAGGAUAGCUUUGCCCGAGCACGGCAUCGAUUUCGUCAGCAGGGAGCAGUUUGUGCACUUCGCCAAGCAGCUGCGGGCCCGCGUCCUGCUCAUCAAAGCAAUGCAAGGAUAUUAUAACGUGAGAAGGGAGAAUGACACUGACAGGAACGUCGUAGCUUUUGUGACGGACACGCUGAAAUUGGUCCUAAAGGAGCAGUACCAGUACACGGAGGUCCCGGGCGGCCACUAUGUCCACUUAAACCAACCCGAGAAUGUGGCUGGUAUCAUCAGUGCCUUUCUACAGUCCAAGGAGACGAUACCAAGCCAUCUGUAG